AUGAAUCUUAACAAAAAGGGUCUGUGUUUUUCUCAUAAUAGAGAGCUUCCAAAAAAUGAUUGUUUUGGUGAUACCACUUUGAGCUUGAACUGCCUUGGAUAUGGAGGAAGCAGUUCAACCAAUGCUGACAGCACUCAAAAUAAUCUUAAGGCUGAUUUCUCUAAUGGUUCUGAUGAUGGCUGCAAGUUGGUGCUUGGACUGGGUCCAACACCAAGUGCAUAUUUUGAUGAUUGUUACAGCUUUGGUGUUAACAAAAACAAAGGUCCGGCUUCCACUGCUAUAUUUCCCAAGGGGCUGUUGUCUGAGAGUGAUUCAAUCCUAAAACUUGGCCUUUCAGGAGGGACUAAGGAAGCCUUGAGUGGUCUCGACUGUUCAAUUUCGGAGACUGAUACUAAUACACCUAUGCUGAACCAAAUUCCUGCUGAUGAUACUAGAGUCCUGAUUCCUGUUGUCGAUGAGGGUUCCACAUCAGCAAAGAAGUCUGGUGGCUAUAUGGCAUCACUUCUUUUGGCUCCUAGAAUCGAUGCUGGAAAAGCUCCAUCACAGACAGAACUUCUCGACUUUGGGACCAGAUCUCAUCAUCAAUUUCAGCUGAGCCAUGAACCAUCGGCUAUCGCAGAUUUCUCCAUGGGCACUACUUCUGAGCAAGCAAUUUCUACAUCUUCUUCUGACCACAGAACUAGCAACCCAAAGAAAUGCAAGUUCUUUGGUUGCUCAAAGGGAGCACGGGGUGCAUCAGGCCUUUGUAUUGGUCAUGGAGGCGGACAACGAUGCCAAAAGCCAGGUUGCAACAAGGGUGCUGAGAGCCGAACAGCCUAUUGUAAGGCCCAUGGUGGAGGGAGGAGGUGCGAACACUUGGGUUGCACCAAAAGUGCUGAGGGGAAGACAGAGUUUUGCAUUGCCCAUGGUGGCGGCAGAAGAUGUGCGUUUCCCGGGGGAUGCAAUAAGGCUGCACGAGGCAAGUCAGGGCUUUGUAUUAGACAUGGUGGAGGGAAGAGGUGUAUGGUUGAAGGCUGCACUCGUAGUGCUGAAGGACAGGCUGGGUUGUGUAUUUCUCAUGGGGGUGGACGUCGUUGCCAAUUCCAAGGGUGUUCCAAGGGUGCUCAGGGGAGUACCUUGUUCUGCAAGGCUCAUGGUGGAGGGAAGCGAUGCAUAUUUGCAGGAUGCACCAAAGGAGCUGAAGGGAGCACGCCAUUGUGCAAGGGACAUGGUGGAGGAAAGCGCUGCCUAUUUGAUGGUGGUGGAAUUUGUCCAAAAAGUGUUCAUGGGGGCACAAACUUUUGUGUUGCCCAUGGUGGUGGAAAGAGGUGUGUAGUGCCAGGCUGUACAAAGAGUGCACGUGGCCGUACUGAUUGUUGUGUUAGGCAUGGUGGAGGGAAGCGGUGCAAAUUUGAAAACUGUGGGAAGAGUGCCCAAGGUAGCACCGAUUUCUGCAAGGCCCACGGUGGAGGCAAACGAUGUACCUGGAGUGAGGGAAAAUGUGAGAAGUUUGCCAGGGGUAAGAGUGGUCUAUGUGCUGCCCACAGCAGUAUGGUCCAAGAGAGGGAGGCAAACAAGACUGGUUUGAUUGGACCCGGACUCUUCCAUGGCCUUGUAUCUGCUGCUUCAACUGCAGGGAGCAGCGACAACAAUUAUUCAUGUUCUGGAGUUAGUGCUGUCUCGGACUGCAUUGAUUCCCUGGAAAAGCCAGCAAAAAGACUACUUCUUAUACCGCCACAAGUACUGGUUCCUCUUUCUAUGAAGGCCUCAUCGUCUUAUAAAGGUUUUACAAAUGCUGAGAAGUUAGAGGAAGGUACAAAUGGCUAUGGUGCUAGCAGUGGUGGGAUAAAGAGUUAUGAGUACAUGGUUCCUGAGGGAAGGGUCCAUGGUGGUGGCCUUAUGUCAUUGUUUGGUGGAAAUCUGAAGAAUGCAAUCGACGGAGUUUGA